AUGAUCGGCUUCCCACCAAUCCCCAUGUUCAACCUAUGCAUAUGUAUUUUCCUACCCACAGCCGAGAUUUCCAUUGUCAGUACCUCGCUCGUCACAAUGUCGAUAGACUUGAACGGGUUCGACAAGAGUAACUGGGUCAUCACCGCCUAUCUUUCAGCCUUUACAGGAUUCCUCAUCAUUUGGGCCAAGACUGCCCAUCACAUUGGCCUCAAAUCAACCCUUAUUAGCUCCCUUAUCAUUUUCAUGGCCUUCUCAGCCGGGUGCGAGGCGUCCCAGACCAUCGAUCAGCUCAUUAUUUUUCGCGCCUUCCAAGGCAUUGGUGCCUCUGGCGCUAUGGCCUUAACGUCCACGGCAUUCUUUCAGAUUGCGCCCACGAAGGACUAUGGCAAGAUGAGUGCUAUUUUAUCGUGCACCCUCGCAGUUGCAUUGGUCGUCAGUCCUCUCAUUGGUGGUGGUCUCAGCAAUGAUAAUCACUGGCGCUGGAUCUUCUACUUAAAUCUCCCGAUUGGAGCCGUCGCUCUCAUCAUUGUCGUACUUGCUUUGCCUAACCGAUUUCGUCAUGUUGAUCCCAUCCCACGAGAUUCUGCUAAGCGCAGCGUCGUGUCCAAGGUGGCUGGAUUCCUCUGGGAUGCCGACAUUGUCGGUGCGUUUCUGCUGUUGGGCACUGUAGUCUUCCUGGUGGCGGCGCUGGAGGAGGGUGGAACCGUAACCUUUUCUUGGGGAUCCCGGGUGAUCGUUGCAUCACUUGUCGUUUCUGGCUGUCUUUUGACAGCCUUUGUUUUCUGGCAAUGGUGGGCGGGCAGAGGGGCAACAGCGGCCGUGCCUUCAUUCCCGCGCAGCUUCACCCACAACCGCGUCCUACUACCGGGUCUCCUAGGUGCUUUUUUGGUUGGAGCGCCAAUGACCAUAGCAUCCAUCCAGCUCCCACAGCGCUAUCAGCUCAUCAACAAGAGCUCGCCACUUGGGGCCGGCGUCAAAUUUCUGGCUUACGGCAUCCCAUUUCCUGUGGGAGUGGUGGUUCCGACGAUUCUCGCGGGCAGAAUCCGCCUUCCUUUCACCUACAUCCUCAUGCUCGGAACUAUUCUACAAAUUGUCGGCUUUGCUCUCCUCUCCACUGUACCUAGCUCCGUAGAUACCUGGCCCGGCCAGUUCGGAUAUAGUUGCAUCGCCGGACUUGGUGGUGGAAUCACUGGGGGCUUGUACAAUUUCCUCGUUCCAUUAUCGAUAGAUAAGAAGGAGCAGUACCUUGCCAUCGGCGCGGGACAGCAGGCUCGCAUGUUGGGAGGCUCAGUUGGCAUUGCUGUUGUCAACAGCGUAUGGGUCAAUUACGUGCGGUCGCAUUUGGGAUCAGUGCUCGCGAAAGCUGAAAUUGACACGCUGCUGACAGACACAGAGAGUCUAAUUGACUUUCCCACCGUCACUCAGGAGACGUUCCGAACUAUAUGCAGCGACGCCUACAACCUGCAGAUGCGCGCUACGUUGGGCUUUGCAGCUGCACAAGUUAUUGUCACAGUCGCUCUAUGGCGAAGAUCGGCGUAUAGACUAGGCAGCGAGGGCCAGCUUACGCAGUCAUAGAGUUGUGGCGAUCCAGAGGUUUCGACGGACGAAGAUAUUAGAGGGGGUGUUUAGAGGGACCUGUUAGAUUGCUGUAUGUAGUUC